AUGACAGACUGCCCUGAGCUGAGUGUGGAGGCCCCAGCAGAGACAGUAAAGAUGACCAGGUCCAAAACCUUCCAAGCUUACCUGCCCAACGGCCACCGCACAUACAGCUGCAUCCACUGCAGGGCUCACCUGGCCAACCACGAUGAGCUUGUCUCCAAGUCCUUCCAGGGGAGCCAGGGCCGGGCCUACCUCUUCAACUCCGUAGUGAAUGUAGGCUGUGGUCCAGCAGAGGAGCGCAUUCUCCUGACUGGCUUACAUGCGGUCGCCGACAUCUAUUGUGAAAACUGCAAAACCACCCUGGGCUGGAAAUAUGAGCACGCCUUUGAGAGCAGCCAGAAAUACAAGGAAGGAAAGUUUAUCAUUGAGCUCGCCCACAUGAUCAAGGACAACGGCUGGUAG